AUGACACAGCCACUUACGCCAGUCUCCGACUGUCCGCUCAAGCGACUGGAAGUCCAGGGCGACGCGAAAGUUCGAGUCUACGGUGUGGGCACCACGGCCACGUCUCUGACUCUCACCAUCAAGCACGACAGGACUGAGUCGAGUGACAAGCUCCUCCUUGUGGUCAAUGCCGGUCUCCGGACGGUGAUGUCUAUUACGCUUUCGGAUCUCCUGUCCCCCGGUGUGGGCGCGAUCACGGUCGCCCGCCACUUCCAAGCCAUGACCGUCAGGAUCUCGCAGCAAGGCUACGAGGUCAGGGCCUUUUUCGAUGCCGGCCGAGACCUCGAACUCGCCGCGCAUACUCUCAGCAGGCUCGGCUUCCCGGUCACAGAAGAUGCAGAGAGCACUCAGAGCUUACUAUCGGACCACUUCUCGGCCGGCUUCGUUCCGGGCCCUCGCUUGUCGUCUAUUACGCUCAUUCCCGGCGUAGACACGUUUGGCUCCGCGUCACACGACCUGGUCCCGUCUUCCCCGGUCAACCCCGCGUCCCCGGGUGUAUCACAGGCCGGAACACUAGACGCGCGCAUAUUUGGACCGCAAAGUGCAUACGCGGCUCCGCUAACGAACCAUAUGCAGUCUGAGACGGCGGUUCAGCGCUUCAGUCCAUAUAACCUGUUCGCCUCCAAGCAGAGCGAGCUGUAUCGACCACCCGUGGGAUCGCCGCUGCGAAACUCGUUCUCGCCAGACGAUGCGGGCUCACAGCGGCGGCAUCUCAGCCCCGUGCUGGACAACUGGGCGCAACCACCGCGGUCCAUGUCAAUGUCGAUGGCCUCGCCGUCUUUCCCAGAGCCGUCGUCGUCGUUUGGGUCGCACGGCAGCUACGCCUCCAGUGAGGCGUCAGCUGGCGGCGAGAUGCCCUCUGCGCCUAGCCUCGAGCCGCAGCGAAACGCUUCAGUCUCAUCUCACGAGUCACAAGAUACAAUGCCGGAACGACGUGAUCUCCCGUUUGUGCGAGCCGCAGCAACCAAGUCUGCAGUGAAGCCCCAACGCAAAAAGGCCUCGACGCAGCCUCUGCCCAAACCUACGGAAAGCGCAGAGCGAGUGCGCAAGCGCAAGCAGCCCGUAAACAAAAAGCAGAGCCAGGCAAGAGUGGCAAGUCGAAAGAACCCAGCAAGGGCAGCCAAAAUGUUGAGCACACCGCCCUCGGUUGUGGCGGAUCAGCCGGGCGGUGGUGACGGCGGAUUCGACCCCAGCCCCCUUGAGCCGGCCACGACGGUGGUGGUCGCCGAGCCCAGUGUCGUUCGCCGCGUGUGUACAAUGACUUUUGCUCUCCUCGACCAAUACGAGGCGGACGUGUCCCGGGGAUGCGACAAGGGCCUAUGCGUGCGGUUCUACUUGGAGCGCCUGCAGGGCAUGCGUAGAGACUUUUGGCUCCGUCAGCUCAUGGGUGCCGCUGAGCACGGACGCGGACCUCUCGCGGAGCCUGCUAUGCUGUGCCGCGCCACGGUGUUGCAUUGA